AUGCGGCGCGGCGUCGGCUCGCCGCUACUCCGCAGCAGCGCGGCAGCGCUGCUCCGACGCCAUUCUUCAACCUUGCUCCACCGAGCGGAUCGCGGACUGCCUCUCCUCGCCGCCUCUGCCUCGUGCCCGACGCCGCGCGUCCGCGCACAACACGCCUUCGCAAAGCCGCCCGAAGGGCCCGAGCUGGACUCUGCGAUCCACGAGAUCAACGCCGAAAUGGCGGAGCUGUUUGGAACCGCGCCUGGCGAGGAUCCUCCCUCGCAGCGAGAUCUGCCCGGCCUCGCGCAGGCCGCGAGCAGCCAUCAGAGCCCGCACGCGCCGCCCGGAAAGUCUGCUGACCUGCAGUCUGCAGCGCUGGCCGCGCUGGCGGCGGGGAUGCGGGACGCGGCGCAGGCGCCGGGCGGCGGUCCCGUUCCGCUCGCGGCCGCCUCCCCGAUGCCGGCCCGCGCCCACACCAGCAGCGGCGCCGCCGUCGCGCUGCACGCAAAGAUCGUCUGGGCGACGGACGAGCUGUCGCGGGCAGCCGAGCCUGCAAAGGCGACGGAGCUGGCGAACCUGAUCGGCGCUUGCGCGCGCGCGGCGAGCGAGCUCGGCGAGCCCUUCGCCGGGCGGCCGCCCUCCCAGUAA